GCCCAGAUGGCCGCGAUGGCGCCGGCGGCCUGUGCAGAUUCCUGGGGGCCCGGCUUCCACCCGGCGACGCUUGUCUUCGUGUGGCUCCUUCUCAGCACCUGUUGCAUAGCUCCUGCCAGCACCAUCCAGGUGACCGUGUCAGACCCCUACCAUGUGGUGAUUCUGUUCCAGCCUGUGACCUUGCCCUGCACCUACCAGAUGACUUCCACCCUCACGGCACCCAUUGUAAUCUGGAAGUACAAGUCUUUCUGCCGGGAUCGCAUCGCCGAUGCCUUCUCCCCAGCCAGUGUGGACAACCAGAUCAAUGCCCAGCUGGCAGCUGGCAACCCUGGCUACAACCCCUAUGUAGAGUGCCAGGACAGUGUGCGCACCGUAAGGGUGGUGGCCACCAAGCAGGGCAAUGCUGUGACCCUGGGAGACUACUAUCAGGGCCGGAGGAUCACAAUCACAGGAAAUGCUGACCUGACCUUUGAGCAGACUGCCUGGGGGGACAGUGGUGUAUAUUACUGCUCCGUGGUCUCGGCCCAGGACCUCCAGGGGAACAACGAGGCCUAUGCAGAGCUCAUCGUCCUUGGCAGGACCUCAGAGGUGACUGAGCUCUUACCUGAUUUUCAGGCGGGGCCCAUGGAAGACUGGCUCUUCGUGGUCGUGGUAUGCUUGGCUGGCUUCCUCGUCUUCCUCCUCCUGGGCAUCUGCUGGUGUCAGUGUUGUCCCCACACCUGCUGCUGCUACGUCAGGUGCCCCUGCUGUCCAGACAAGUGCUGCUGCCCCGAGGCCUUGUACGCCGCUGGCAAAGCAGCCACCUCAGGUGUCCCAAGUAUCUAUGCCCACAGCACCUAUGCCCACCUCUCCCCUGCCAAGACUCCGCCCCCACCACCAGCCCUGAUUCCCAUGGGCCCUGUCUACAAUGGGUACCCUGGAGACUUCGACAGGAACAGCUCAGUUGCCAACAGCUCCCAGGUACCCCUGCUUCGUGACACAGACAGCAGUGUGACCUCUGAAGUCCGUAGCGGCUACAGGAUUCAGGCCAGCCAACAAGAUGACUCCAUGCGGGUCCUGUACUACAUGGAGAAGGAACUUGCUAACUUUGACCCUCGACCUGGGCCCCCCAAUGGCCGCGUGGAGCGGGCCAUGAGUGAAGUCACCUCCCUCCAUGAGGACGACUGGCGAUCCAAGCCUUCCAGAGGUCCUGCCCUCACCCCAAUCCGGGAUGAGGAGUGGGGUCGCCACUCCCCCCGGAGCCCUAGGAGAUGGGAACAGGAGUCCCCCACAGAGCAGCCAGGGAGUGGCUGGGGUGCCGGGAGGCCCCGGGCCCGCUCUGUGGAUGCUCUGGAUGACCUCACCCGGCCGGGCUCUGCAGAGUCGGGGAGGAGGUCUCCCCCGAGUAGUGGGAGGAGAGGACGGGCCUAUGCACCCCCCAGAAGCCGCAGCCGUGAUGACCUCUAUGACCCAGACGACUCAAGGGACUUUCCACACUCUAGAGAUCCCCACUACAGUGAUUCCAGGUCUAGGGACCGUCCUCAUGCUGACCGAUCACGCUACCACCGAUCCCGGGACCCUCGAGAGGAUGGCUCCAGGUUUGGGGACCCCCAAUAUGAUGGGCGGCUACUAGAAGAGGCCUUGAAGAAAAGGGGGCCCGGGGAGAGGAGGAGACCUUACAGGGAGGAAGAGGAGGAGGAGGAGGAGGCCUACUACCCUCCCGCGCCUCCCCCCUACUCCGAGACUGACUCCCAGGCCUCCAGGGAGCGGAGGCUUAAGAAGAACUUGGCCCUGAGUCGGGAAAGUUUAGUCGUCUGAUCUCACGUUUUUGUAUGUAGCUUUUGUACUUUUUUUUUAAAUUUGAUGAAGAUCUUCACCUCUUAAGUCUAAUAAAAUUUAUAAUCACAAGAUCUAAGUCUGAGCGUUUGUUUUGCUACGCGAGGUGGGGUCGCGAGAAGCUGCUGUGUUGAAGGGAG